AUGUCCAAUUCGCCCACACAAGCCCAACAGCAGCCGGCUGCGCCUAACUCCGGAUCCCUGGACUCUAAUGGACCCAAUGUUGAAGACUUAUACUUGGAAUCAUACACUUUCACCACCGCAGCUGCCAUAGUUGGAUCGGUGGAUAGAAAGACAUUCGUGUUGUUGAGGGACGGAAGGAAUAUUUUUGGUAUAUUAAGAACUUUUGAUCAAUUUGCCAACUUGGUGUUGCAAGAUGCUAUAGAAAGAAUCUACUUGAAAGGAGAAGAUGCCAGUCAGGGACCAGUUAAGUUCGGAGAAGCCUACCGUGGAGUGUUCAUGGUGAGAGGAGAAAACGUAGUCAUGAUGGGAGAGUUGGACAUCGAUAGAGAGGACGACCACCUUGACCAGUUGGAGCAAAUUCCAUUUGAUGAUGCUGAAAGAGAAUUGAAACUUGUGCACUCUCAAACCAUCCAAGACGAAAAGGCAAGAAGCAAGAGAUUGUUAUCUAAGGGUCUCAUCAAUGACUUCACCAAAUCCGAUUUAUAUUAG